GGCAAAAUGGCGCCAGAACCGGUGGCGGGGUGAUUCUGCUGGCCCUAUCCGGAGCCAGUGUACGGUCCCGGGCUUCUUGUCCCUUUCUGGACAUGGAGGAUGUGGAGGUGCGCUUCGCUCACCUCUUGCAGCCCAUCCGAGAUCUCACUAAGAACUGGGAGGUGGACGUAGCGGCACAGCUGGGCGAAUAUCUGGAGGAGCUGGACCAGAUCUGCAUCUCUUUUGAUGAAGGCAAAACCACUAUGAACUUCAUUGAGGCAGCACUGUUGAUCCAGGGCUCGGCUUGUGUCUACAGUAAAAAGGUGGAGUACCUCUACUCACUGGUCUACCAGGCUCUUGAUUUUAUUUCUGGCAAGAGGCAAGCCAAGCAACUCUCCUUAGCACAGGAAGAUAGGAGCAACAGGGCUGUCAACUCAGGAACUCCCUAUGAAACAGAGGAUGAGUUCCUGUCACUGGAUGACUUCCCUGACUCCCGGGCUAAUGUGGAUCUGAAAAACGACCAGACAUCCAGUGAGCUGCUUAUCAUACCCCUUGUGCCCAUGGCUCUGGUGGCCCCUGAUGAAGUGGAGAAGAACAGCAGCCCCUUGUAUAGCUGUCAGGGUGAGGUCUUGGCCAGCCGAAAGGAUUUCAGGAUGAACACAUGUACCCCUGACCCCAGAGGUUCCUUUAUGUUGGAUCCAGUGGGAAUGUGUCCUGUGGAGCCUGCAGAUUUGUGCCCCAUGCCAAGGAGCCAGAAAGAUGCUGAGGAUGCUGAGGGGCAGCCGAUGGAAGUCUCUGGGAAUGGGAGUCAAGUUUCCGUACUCAACAUCUCCCAAGAGCCAGAAGGCCCAAUGCUCAGCGGUGGUGAUGAGGAUGCAGAGGAUGCAGCAGAGCCCCAGGAGGCUGCUCUAGAGCCUGCAGAGCCCAGGACCUCACAGCAGACUGCCACCUUGCCCAGGAGAUACCUGCUGCGGGAGCGACAAGGGAACCCGGAGCCUGCCUCCCGGCUACAGGAGACCCCAGAUCCCUGGCAGAGCCUGGACCCUUUUGACUCCUUGGACUCUAAGGUCUUCCAGAAAGGUAAGCCCUUUUCUGUGCCGCCUGGUAUGGAGGAGCCUCCAGGACAUAAGCGCAAGAGGAAAGGUGCCACCAAGCUGCAGGACUUCCACCAGUGGUACCUGGCUGCCUAUGCUGACCAUGCUGACAGCAGGAGGCCUCGGCGAAAGGGCCCAACCUUUGCAGACAUGGAAGUGCUGUACUGGAAACACGUAAGAGACCAGCUAGAGAGCCUUCAGAAGCUGCAGAGGCAGAAGAUGACCGAGAGAUGGCUGCCUGGGGCCAAGGAGGAUAUGUGGCCUGUAGAGGAGGAACGCUUGGAAGAUUCCCUAGAAGACCUUGGGGAAGCGGCAGAUGACUUUCUAGAGCCUGAGGAAUAUGCAGAGCGGGAGGAGGUGAUGCCUGGGGAAGCUGCUGACCUAGAUGCAGAGGCUAUGCCAGAGUCCCUGAGAUAUGAAGAGCUGGUCCGAAGAAAUGUGGAACUCUUCAUCGCCACCUCCCAGAAGUUUGUCCAGGAGACAGAGCUUAGCCAGCGCAUCAGGGACUGGGAAGAUACUAUCCAGCCCCUGCUCCAGGAGCAGGAGCAGCACGUGCCCUUUGAUAUCCACACCUAUGGGGACCAGUUGGUUUCACGGUUCCCCCAGCUCAAUGAGUGGUGUCCCUUUGCAGAGCUUGUAGCGGGGCAGCCUGCUUUUGAGGUUUGCCGCUCCAUGCUGGCCUCCUUACAACUGGCUAAUGACUAUACGGUGGAGAUCACCCAGCAGCCAGGACUGGAGGCAGCUGUGGAUACCAUGUCUCUGAGACUGCUCACACACCAGCGAGCCCAUACACGCUUCCAGACCUAUGCUGCCCCCUCCAUGGUCCAGCCUUGAGUGGAGAGCACUGAGGCGCAGGGGUGGAAGAGUUUCACCUCCUGGGAUCCGGAGAAGGACUCGAGGUUUGAACUGAGAGAGCCUGGGCCAGGCUUUGGGCCCUAGAGCCUGUAGCACCAUGGACCUGAAGCUCCUGAAAAAGAACAGAGAUGCCAGCAGUUGGAAAAGAACAGACAAGGUGCCUGGGCCCCACUGCUGAAGAAACUUAUCACCCCAUAUCCACGCAGGUUAGCUGCCUGUCGGGGCUCAUCUGAAAGCAGAACUGCUCCACCUCAAGCCUUAAGCUUGAGCUUAGGCAACACCAAUUGUCCAUAGCUGGUUCGCUCCUAGUUCUUUAACUAGGGAGCCUCAGCCUCAUUACCGCAAUCUGUCCAUAACCUGCCCCUCAACCACCACGCUUCCUUAAUUACCGCAAUCUGUCCAUAACCUGCCCCUCAACCACCAGGCUUCCUUCUGGAUGCCUAGAAGCAUUCAGAACAUGCUUUGCCUGGGCACCAGAACAUGCGUCUAUUUACAAUAAAUUUU